GGCAGUUUGGUGGAGGGGAACCCAUCCACGCUUCGACCACCCCCAAUUGCCGAAGCGAGGCGACAGCGAGACGACGAGCGACAGAGAGCUCUCCCUCCCUCCGGCCUCCUCCUCUCCUCCCCUCUCCUCCGAUUGCAGCUCCGAGAGGGAACUGCGUGGCCUCUCGCGGCGGCAGAUCCCGCGCCAAGGGCAGAUUUUGACGCGAGAUCUGCGCUCGCCGCCGCCACCGCUUCCCGGAGUCCCCUCUCGCUCGCCUUCGCAGCUUCGUGGAGGCCCGAUCUCGAAGCAGUACCAAGAUCACACUUCCACCUCGAAGAUGAUGAUGGGGUUGCUGGCGUUUGAGAGCAACCAGGGUGGAUACUAUUCACAGUUGUUUGGAAUUGGAGGAGUUAUGAUCACUGUUGCCAUUAUUAUGUUAUCCACGGGCUACUUUGGGGGAAUAGGUGCUCCGUUUGCUCCGUAUUUUUGGCCAUAUCUAGGUCAACUUCCAAAGAAGAAGGAGCGCAAACGGCCUGUGAGGGUGUACAUGGAUGGAUGCUUUGACCUCAUGCAUUAUGGUCAUGCAAAUGCAUUGCGACAGGCCAAGUUGCUGGGAGAUCAGCUCAUAGUUGGAGUUGUCAGUGAUGAGGAGAUUGUGGCAAAUAAGGGGCCGCCUGUCCUUUCGAUGGAAGAGAGGUUGACUCUUGUUAGUGGUCUGAAGUGGGUCGAUGAGGUCAUUCCCAAUGCGCCCUAUGAAAUCACAGAAGAAUUCAUGAAUACCCUCUUCAAUAAAUACAACAUUGAUUACAUUAUACAUGGAGAUGACCCUUGUCUUCUACCUGAUGGGACUGAUGCUUAUGCGUUAGCAAAGAAGGUUGGGCGUUAUAAGCAAAUCAAGCGAACAGAAGGUGUCUCGAGCACCGAUAUAGUUGGGAGGAUCCUGCUAACAUUCAAGCAGAAAGAUGCUAACACCGAUGUAAAUGUUGCUGCUGAUGAGAAGUCUGGAGCUGAAUCACGCGAUGAAGUGAAAAGUCAGUUAUCUCAUUUUCUUCCAACUUCUCGCCGGAUCAUGCAGUUUUCAAAUGGGCAGGCUCCUUCGCCAGGUGCUCGUGUUGUGUAUAUAGAUGGCACAUUUGACCUUUUCCAUGCUGGCCAUGUUGAGAUCCUUAGGAGUGCUAGACAACUUGGUGACUUUCUUCUUGUGGGUAUCCAUGAUGACCAGUCUAUCAGGGAUAGAAGAGGCUAUCGUCCUAUCAUGCAUCUCCAUGAGCGUAUUCUUAGCGUACUUGCCUGUCGCUAUGUUGAUGAAGUCAUUAUUGGCGCACCAUGGGAGGUUUCGAAGGAUAUGAUCACCACAUUUAACAUUUCAUUGGUUGUGCAUGGGACAGUAGGUGAGGGAAAUUCUGCUGGUGAAAUUGAUCCUUACACUGUUCCAAAGAGCAUGGGUAUUUUUAAGACAAUCACGAGCCCAAAAACUAUAACAUCAAUCUCAGUGGCGACGAGAAUAGUUGACAAUCAUGAAGCCUAUAAGAAAAGGAAUUUGAAAAAGAAGGCGAGUGAAGACAGAUACUAUACACAAAAGAAAUUUGUUUCUGGAGACUAGUGCGGCAUAAGGAGCCUAUAUUUUUGCAGCAAACUGAGGAAAAUGCAUGCGGCCACCCUGUAUUGAUGUUAUUCUACAGCAGAGACUGGAACAUAUAAGCGGCUAUAGAAUGGUCAUAGUAUUAGUUUGACAGCCAUUCGACAGUGAGGAUCGGCUGUAGGAACUACAUUAGGGGGAGAAAAAGGAACUGUCACAAUCUUCUGCUAUUGCCCUUUUAGGAAGGAGCACUCACUUUGACGUCAAGAGUUCACAUACAUGAUUCUUUUUUGACUUUGUUAUCCCUGGAUGGGAUAUAUUUGUAGCUGAACACCUUCAGAAAAUCAUUGUUGUAUACUUGCCUGUUAUUACUUGACAGCUUGUGGAGUGAUUAGCAUUGCAUACUCCCUGAUUGUACCAUGUUAUACUUGAAAGUUUAUACUGUUGAGACGAAGAACCUAGUGAUGAUCUUUGUGCACUGCA